AUGAAGGUCGUUUCCCUAUCGGUAUUGCUACUGUGCACAGUAAGCAAUGUUCUAGGCGCUGUCACCCCUCACAGGGACCCUGAGAGAGCUGCAUCGCGGGAGAUAAAGAAACUGCAGAGGGAAUACCAAGAGUACAUCCUGGACACAGUCAAAACCCGCAAAACUGGAUGUACUCCACGGAAUAUGGUUUUCCGUCAAGAAUGGUAUCCCAGCGUGGGAUCCCUCUCCAAACGGUCACGUCUCGACUACAUCAGAGCAGUCAAAUGCCUCCAGAAGAAAGCUCCCCUGAGCUCGAAGCAGGAUGUCCCUGGUGCGAGGAGUCGCUACGAUGACUUCAGUGCUGUACACAUCGAGCAGACGCCCUAUGUUCAUUUUAGCGGCCUGUUUUUCCAUUUUCAUCGCUACUUGGUGUGGCGUUAUGAAAAAGCUCUUCGGGAGGAGUGUGGCUACCGUGGCGCGCAGCCGUACUGGGAUUGGACUCUCUCAUGGAAAGACCCGCGAAAAUCGACGGUCUUCGACGGGUCCCGAUAUUCGAUGGGAAGCAACGGCGAAACAAUCCCUCACGGACCUACCACCAUCUCGGCAUUCGGAAUCACCCUUGACAUCCCCCCCGGCACCGGCGGAGGAUGUGUCUACUCCGGGCCCUUCCAAGAUUACUCGGUGAACCUGGGCCCUGUUGCCUUUGAGCCGAAAGGCCCGAACAACGGGCUUGGCUAUAACCCACGCUGUCUGAUGCGAGAUCUCUCGCUUAAGUAUAGCAACCAGACCAGGCCCACCAACGUAUUGGCCACGUUGACCAGCGGCUGUGAAGAUCUCGGCUGCUUCGACACUGUACUUGAAGCCAUCGAUGGUAUCCAUGCUGGCGGCCACUUCUCGAUGGGCGGUCUCGGAAUCGACGCCUAUUCGAGCACUGGCGAUCCGGCAUUCUGGCUCCACCAUGCGCAGGUUGACCGCGUGUGGACAAUCUGGCAGAAUUUGGAUCCAAAGGCGAGGACGCACCAAGUGUUUGGCACGGGCACUGCUUUCAACGUCCCACCAAGUGAUAACAUAACUCUGGACACAAUGAUGGAAUACGGGGCUGUUGCGCCCAAGCAGCGAGUGGGUGAUAUGGGCUCAACCAUUGAUGGGCCGUUCUGCUACAUGUAUAUUUAG